CAAAAUAAUAAAAGUAUGAAAUAAGUACAACGAAACAGAUUUUUAAUAUUUUCCAACGUUCUUAUACAUUAUAUUAUUACAUGCGCUAAACACAACUGCCACUUGUGAAAAAUUCUUUUACUAGGCAACUUUCACACAUUCGGUGUUCCCGUAUGGCUGCUAUGCUUUUCGUUAAGAAAACGUGGCUAUGCAAUUAAGGACUCGAAACACGAUUACAAUAAACUUUUAGUGUGCAAAAUGUUACAGUAUCUAAACAUUCAAUUUCAACAUUUCUCCAGGUAAACAGGUUCAUCGACCACAACUUUAGAAGGUUCAUUCUUAGCUACACGUCAUCAUAAACAAGGGAGUGUUGUCAUUAAAAAAAGUCACGUUGACGUUCGCAAAAUCUUGACAUGGAGUUAGAUAUAUACGAUGAAGAAAAUAUCAAAGCAUUAGCAGAGAAAUUAGAUUACUUGCCUAUCGCUUUGCAACAAGCUGCGAUCUGUAUAAGGGAGCUGAAAUUUCAAACGAUUUCUCCGUACGAGCAUUAUUUGCAGAAGUACAGACAGAUAGAGAGAAAAUUUGUAGUAUUCGAUGAUAGAGUUUUAAGAACGAUAUUUACAGUAUACGACAUUACUCUGGAUGUAAUGAAGAAAGAAGAAGGUGCCGAAGCUGCUAAAGAAAUAUUAAAUGUUUUAUCCUACUUCGGUUCCGAGCCAAUAAGCACAGAAAUAUUAGAAGGAAUGAUGUAUGGGGAACAAUUGAUGAAGUCAGCUACUGAUGUGUUGGAAAAGUACUCGCUUAUUAAACUGGGAGUAUCGACGUUAAGCGUAGAUGAAUUAUUACAGAAACUGAUAAGAUACAAUUUGACAAAACAAAAGAACGAGGAAAAAGUAGUUUUAAAAUCUGCUCUGAAACUAUUUUGCAAUCCGGAAAUCAUUUCGAAAAAUCUAGUUCACGCGUUGUCCGUUUGGGAUCAUUCACAGAAAUAUAUAACGUUGAUAAUAUACAUUUUCCCCGUUUCAAUGUAUAUUGUACAUGAUCUUGUCAAAUGUGCUAGAUACGACAAAGCAUACUUAUUUAUUGGGAAGCUUCAGUCAUUAUUAACCAAUUUAUCAGGAGAUGAGGCGAAAUGUUACGAGCUGGUGACGAAGUACCAUGUUGGGAAAAUAUAUUUAUGUCAAAAGAAGUACGAAGAAGCACUUUCUAUUUUUGACGAAGUUUUAAACAAUCCUAAAUCCGGACAUCCAUUAUGUUUGGAGGUAAAACUAAGCAAGGGACACGCGUUGCAUUGGUUAGAACGAUGUGACGAAGCUAUAAAAUUUUACCAAGAGGUAUAUGAUGUUAGGAAAGUUGAAGAUGGAGAGAAUAAUGAUAAGACCCUGUUUAUUAAACAGUGUAUGGAGGCUUGUUGAAGAUAAGAUGAAUCUGACAAAUAAUAAACUAACUGGCCUUUUGGAUCCAGCACUGCUAUUAAAAAAUUCCCCUGAUCAUAGAAUCCAGUUAUUUAUAAUCCAGUAACGAGAAAUCAAUGACUACAAAUUAAUUGUAUAAUAAGUUAGCUAUGUAAUAUGUAGCUACGUAAUUGUAAUAUA